AAACAUUAUCAAAAAGAUUGUGACAUGUUAAUCACCCUGAAAUAAGUUAAGCUUUAGUAAUUAUGAAAAAGGGGCACGUUUUAGACAAUAAAUCAUUAUCAAUAGGGAUAGCGUCCCGCCGAAGGCAAAGCGAUUAUUUUAUAAAAAAAUAAUCGUCUAUUGUAUAAUAAUUUUAGGGAGGAGUAACUCAAAUUAAUUGUAAAUUGGGGAAUACAUUAUCUUUUGAUUGGACAAACAAAUUUAGGUUGAUCUUGGGGUGACCACGUGAAGAAAAGGUUUUAAGUGAUAAAUUUUGAUAAUAAAACUUCGCUUGGUGACUUGAUAUCAAGAAUAAAGAUAUAGCCUGAAUUUGUGUCCAUUAUAUUUAAGGUCCAGCGGCUAAAAGCCAAACUAUACCAAACCAGUUUGGUAAAGGUAGAAACCAGCUAGACAUUGACUUGACAAAGUUUCAACAGCUUCUACAACUUGGGUUUACUGUUAAACAGAUUGCUGAAGAUGGACUUCUUGGUGGUGUUAUACAUGUUAACACGCUGUAUCGAAAACUCAAAGAAAACAACAUACAGAUAAGAUCCUCCUACUCAGACAUGAGACAUGCCAUCAGACAUACAGUAUUAUAGUUUUAUAUACUGUAUAUACUUAUGAGAGGUGCUUUAGAGGUCCAAACCUAUUUAAAAACUAAAGGAGUAAAUGUUCAGCGUCAGAAAUGCAGAGACAUAUUAGGCAGAGUAGACUCACUUGGAACUGCUACAAGAUGGUCAUGUACUAUUCAAAGGCGUCAAUACAGUGUCCCCACUGCAAACUCAGUUUGGCAUGUUGACACUCAUCAUUCACACAUCAGAGGGGGCAUUAUUGCGCAUGGCGGUAUUGAUGGUCACUCAAGACUCAUUCCAUUCCUAAGGGCUUCAACUUUCAACACAUCAAAGGCUGCUGCAAACUUUUUUGUUCAGGGUGUGAAGAACUAUGGAGUACCCAGCAGAAUACGUGCUGACCAUGGUACAUAAUAUGCAGACACUGGACGGUUCAUGAUUUCAGUAAACGGUGAGGUAAGAGGAAGCUUCAUGACUGGGCCUUCUGUCCACAGUAUCCACAGAGGGGUCUUGCAGUAUGUUUUCGUACCACGUAUUGACUUUGCUUUAAGAGAGUGGAUGAAUACUCACAAUAACCAUAAGAUCAGAACUGAAGGUAACAAAACACCAAAUAUGAUGUGGUUCAAAUCACUUUUACUAGGGAAUCCAGAAAAGAACACCAGCAUCCGCAACAUAGAGAAUCCACCUGAUGAGCGUGUUGAUGAGGUUAUUCAAACUCUAAACCUUGAAUUGAAUGGGACAAUCUUCUUAAAACCAAGAGACAACUGCCCAUUAACAGAAGAUGAAUUCACGGAAUUAAGGAAUACCAUUGACAUAAAAAAUAUUCAGUAUCACAUGGACUAGACGUGUUUAGAGAUGUUAUGCUCCAUGUUAUGUCUAAACAAACUUAAACACUGUGCUUUUUCAUAUACAAUGUAUAACUGUUUAGUAAUAUUAAAAGUAUAAGCUUGUAUGCAAUAUUUGAUAUAGGAGUAAUCUCCUUCUUUUGUAUUGAAGCAUAUAUAUACUGAGAUCAGUGCAAAUGUAUAUUCUUUGUGCAAAUUGCAUGGUUUCUACAAGUUUUAAAAAACUUCUAUUAAAUUGGUGAGAUUAAAUUAUUUUUAAGCAAUGAUAUCAGUAUGUAUUCCUUGACAAGAUUUAACCCUUGCAUACCAGGAAUUAUAUGUUUUUCUGAACAGAAUAGGAAGUGUAUGAUCUAAGCUGUCAGUCUCUCUUAUUUGUGGUGAUACUGUAAUAAAUGUAUUCCUGUU